AUGGGCAACGCGGCCGGUAGCGCCGAGCAGCCCGCGGGCCCCACCGCAUCGCCCCCCAAACAGCCCGCAGCUCCCAAGCAGCCGAUGCCCGCGGUGGGAGAGCUGGAGGAGCGGUUCAAUCGGGUCCUGAACUGCAUGAACUUGCCCCCGGACAAGGUGCAGCUGCUGAGCCAGUAUGACAAUGAGAAGAAGUGGGAGCUCAUCUGUGACCAGGAGCGGUUUCAAGUCAAGAACCCCCCUGGAGCAUAUAUCCAGAAGCUGAAGAGCUACCUGGAUACGGGUGGGGCCAGCCGGAAGGUGGCAACUGAUUGGAUGCCCAACUUGGGGUUUAAGAGGCGAGUUCAGGAGUCUACACAGGUGCUGCGUGAACUGGAGAUCUCCCUGAGGACAAACCACAUUGGGUGGGUGCGGGAAUUCCUCAGCGAGGAGAACCGUGGCCUGGAUGUGCUGCUCGAGUACCUGGCCUUUGCCCAGUGCUCCCUCACGUAUGACAUGGAGAGCACAGGCACAGACAAUGGGGCCCCCAACUCCGAGAAGAGCAAGCCCCUGGAGCAGUCGAUGGAGGAUCUCAGCAAGGGAUCCCCCUCAUCCUGCCCACCACAGCCCAAGAGUCGCCACCUGACCAUUAAGCUGACUCCAGCUCACAGCAGGAAAGCUCUGAGGAAUUCCCGGAUCGUCAGCCAGAAGGAUGAUGUUCACGUCUGCAUCAUGUGCUUACGUGCCAUCAUGAACUACCAGUCUGGCUUCAGUCUCGUCAUGAACCACCCAGCCUGUGUCAAUGAGAUUGCUUUGAGUCUCAACAACAAGAACCCCAGAACCAAGGCUCUGGUGCUGGAGCUGCUGGCAGCUGUGUGCCUGGUGCGGGGUGGACAUGACAUCAUCCUUGCGGCCUUUGACAACUUCAAGGAGGUGUGUGGGGAGCAGCACCGCUUUGAGAAGCUGAUGGAAUAUUUCCGGAAUGAAGACACCAACAUUGACUUCAUGGUGGCCUGCAUGCAAUUCAUCAACAUUGUGGUACACUCAGUGGAGAAUAUGAACUUCCGUGUCUUCCUGCAAUAUGAGUUCACUCACCUGGGCCUGGACCUAUACUUGGAGACUCUGCGGCUGACCGAGAGCGACAAGCUGCAGGUGCAGAUCCAGGCGUACCUGGACAAUGUUUUUGAUGUGGGCUCACUGUUGGAGGACACGGAGACCAAGAACGCGGUGCUGGAGCACAUGGAGGAGCUGCAGGAGCAGGUGACCACGCUGACAGAGAAGCUUCGUGACGCGGAGAACGAAUCCAUGGCCAAGAUUGCCGAGCUGGAAAAGCAGCUAAGCCAGGCCCGCAAGGAGCUGGAGACCCUCCGGGAGCGCCAAAGCGAGUCUACAGCCGCAAAUGCCCCGAAGUGUUCCCCGGAGCCUGAGAAGGUGCCACCCUUCACCUCGGCUCGGCGGCCCUCGGCCAUUGAGCUGAAGGUGGAGGAGCUGGAAGAGAAGGGAUUGAUCCGUGUCCUGCGGGGGCCAGGAGAUGCUGUCUCCAUUGAGAUUCUCCCUGUUGCUGUGGCAACUCCAAGCAGCGAUGACGUCCCAGCUCCCGGGGUGGUGGCCAGCGGCGCCCCCAGCCCAGAUCUCCCACCAGCGGCAGAAACAGCUCCAGGAACAGUGUCCACGCCUCCACCCCCGCCCCCGCCCCCACUUCCAGGCAUCAACCUCCCACAGGAAGCCCCACCCUCAGUGCCCCCGGAUGCCCCACCACUCCCUGCCUGUUCAGACGUCCCACCUGCGCCUCCCCUCCCUGGAGUACAGCCACCCCCACCUCCGCCACCACCGCCGCCACCCUUGGGCACCGAUGGACCUGUGCCACCGCCACCCCCACCACCUCCGGGAGGACCCCCUGAUGCCCCUGGAGGGCCUGGCCUCGAGAUGGGCCCAGGAGUUAAAGCCAAGAAGCCCAUCCAGACCAAGUUCCGAAUGCCGCUCUUAAACUGGGUGGCCCUGAAACCCAACCAGAUCACGGGCACUGUCUUCACGGAGCUCAAUGACGAGAAGGUGUUGCAGGAACUGGACAUGAGUGACUUUGAGGAGCAUUUCAAGACCAAGUCCCAAGGCCCCAGCUUGGACCUUAGUGCCCUCAAGGGCAAAGCAUCUCAGAAGGCCCCCACCAAGGCAACACUCAUUGAGGCCAACAGGGCCAAGAACCUGGCCAUCACCUUGCGCAAGGGGAACUUGGGCGCUGACCGCAUCUGCCAGGCCAUUGAGACGUACGACCUGCAGACCCUUGGCCUGGAUUUCCUGGAGCUGUUGACCCGCUUCCUGCCCACGGAGUAUGAACGCAGCCUCAUUGCACGCUUCGAGCGGGAGCAGAGGCCAAUGGAGGAGCUGUCGGAGGAAGACCGCUUCAUGCUGCGCUUCAGCCGGAUUCCACGUUUGCCUGAGCGCAUGUCGACACUCACCUUCCUGGGCAACUUCCCGGACACGGCCCAAAUGCUCAUGCCGCAACUGAACGCCAUCAUUGCAGCCUCAAUGUCCAUCAAGUGCUCAGACAAACUCCGCCAGAUCCUGGAGAUCGUCCUGGCCUUUGGCAACUACAUGAACAGCAGCAAACGUGGAGCAGCCUAUGGCUUCCGACUGCAGAGUCUGGACGCGCUACUGGAGAUGAAGUCAACUGACCGCAAACAGACACUACUGCAUUACCUGGUGAAGGUCAUCGCAGAGAAGUACCCCCAGCUCAUGGGCUUCCACAGUGACCUGCACUUCCUGGACAAGGCAAGCGCAGUGUCCCUGGACAGUGUCCUGGGGGACGUGCGCUCCCUGCAGCGAGGUCUGGAGUUGACUCAGAAGGAGUUUAUGCGACAGGAUGACUGCCUGGUGCUCAAGGAGUUCCUGAGGGCCAACACACCCACUAUGGACAAACUCCUGGCAGACAGCAAGACGGCUCAGGAGGCCUACGAGUCCGUGGUGGAGUAUUUCGGGGAAAAUCCCAAGACCACCUCCCCCUCCAUGUUCUUUUGCCUCUUCAGCCGUUUCAUCAAGGCGUACAAGAAAGCCGAGCAGGAAGUGGAACAGUGGAAGAAAGAAGCAGUUGCCCAGGAGGCAGGCAUGGAUGCCCCCGGCAAAGGGGAGCCCUCAGCCCCCAAGUCCCCCCCCAAGGCCCGGCGGCAGCAGAUGGACCUCAUCUCAGAGCUGAAGCGGAAGCAGCAGAAGGAGCCACUCAUCUAUGAGAGUGACCGCGAUGGGGCCAUUGAAGACAUCAUCACAGUGCUCAAGACGGUGCCCUUCACGGCCCGCACCGGCAAGCGGACAUCCCGGCUCCUCUGUGAGGCCAGCCUGGGAGAGGAGAUCCCCCUCUAG